AUGUAUCUAUUUUAAUGCUUGAAAUUAGAUUUCAAGAACUAAAUUUAUGUUAGAAAAUUGAUUUUUUGUUACUCUUAAAUAGAAGAAAAUCAUAUAUAAUUAUUUUAAAUAACUUUAACAAUCUCACCUUUAAUGGAGGCUUUUAGAUUCUAAACAUUUUUUGAUUCUUUGAAUGGUAAUCGCAAGUAUGUGAUUGAAGCAAGUAAUAACUUUAAAAAGGAUAAUAUAAAUGCAUAUUUCUUUGAUAAUCUCAAAGCUUCUCGUUCUGCAUAAUUAUAGCAUAUUUCAGUAUUCUUAUAUGUUUCAUAAUAAAAUUUAUUUAAAUAUAUAUAUUUAAACUCUCAUUUUCAAUUGGCAAAUUAUUUAUAAAUACUUAAAAACAAUUAAACUUUAAAAUAUCUGAUUUUUAUUAUAAUGCAAUUUUAAGAUUGUUCCUCUCUAACGCUUAUGAUAUUAGUUUUGCAUGUGCCAUUUAAAUGGCAUAUUUUACUAUUGAAAAGAAUAAUAUUUUUAUAGAUAAAUUAUUAUUUGUCAUUUCUAUUUUACAGAGGAGUAUCAUUUUUUUAAUCAUUAUUUUUAAUUCACAAGCCAUUAAGUAAUUAAUUUGAAUACAUGAAAAAUUUUAAUCAUUGA